AAAUGGCGGUCGAACGGUCGUUUCGUGACUCUUGCACAAAAUAACCUUGAAAUGGCUUAAAAUCACGACUWAAAAWCUUACAUAGUGAAGYAUAUCAAUGCMUUUGGCGAAAAGCGAUGRARUGACAUUUUAAUGGGUUUGUAAAUAGAUAAACUACUUGCGUAUUCCUUUGACAAGAAAGAAAACACCACUUUGUUGCUAGCAAACAUGGACAAAAAUAAAKUAAGGAAAUCUGUACGUAUCAAGAUUAUCAGUAUGGGAAAUGCAGAAACCGGCAAGAGCUGCCUGAUUAAGAGAUACUGCGAAAAGAGAUUUGUUAGCAAGUACAUGACAACAAUAGGAAUAGAUUAUGGAGUAACAAAGGUUGUAGUGAACGAUAAAGAUAUCAAAGUUAAUAUAUUUGACAUGGCUGGUCAUCCUGUAUUCUAUGAGGUUCGCAAUGAAUUUUAUAAAGAUACCCAGGGUGCAUUACUGGUCUAUGAUGUAACAAAUCGUGACAGCUUUGAUGCCCUUGACAACUGGUUGAAUGAGAUCAAGAAAGAAAUUGGUGAUCCAAGUGAUGUGGAUAGGAUUGUCUUUGUUGUCUGUGCUAACAAGAUUGAYAACAAAAACAGAGUUGUAGAAGAGGCUGAAGGGAGACUGUGGGCUGAUGGUCAUGGCUUUUAUUACUUUGAGACUUCAGCUCWKACAGGAGAAGGAAUAACUGACUUAUUUCAGACAUUGUUCAGUGGUGUAGUAAAGGCAUCAGAAAGUGGUACCAGACCAAUUCAUGUCAACACAGCAACUACACUUGGUUAUACCAAAGAACAGGCAGAAGCCAUACAYAGACUAAGAAAUGCUAAAGGAGAUUAUGAACGACUAGGUGUUUCUCCUGGUGCUUCAAAGGAUGAGAUCAAUCGUGCAUACAAAAAGCUUGCUGUUCUCCUUCACCCUGACAAAAGUGUAGCACCAGGAACCGAGGAAGCCUUUAAAGCUCUUGUUGGUGCAAGAGCAGCUCUUCUUCAAAACCACAGAUAGGUGAAAUAAAAUGACAAUGUAUUGGAUGAAGCAUCAACACUAUAGCUGUAUUGUAUCUUGUUACUUGAGAUUCAACUCAUGUUGAAUGGUUUGCAACAUUACUAUUGCAUUAGCUAUUUUUGGUCUCAACACUCAGUCAUUCCUUGCAUUGUCAUCCAAGAAACCAUUUUAAUGGUUGCACAAAAAUCUAAUUUACUGGAAAUGUUUUUUUAAAGCAUAAGCAUUGUGUUAUUGUGCAUCAUAAUAUUAUUCAAUGACAUGAUACAUACCUCUGAUAUUAUUAUCUCUUUUCAUCCCAAAACGAUUUUCUAGAUAUUUAUUGUAAGAUAUAUUAUUACAUAUUUCUAUUAAUUUAUUGUGAGUAUUUUUUAUGAAAGGUUUUUAUGUAAUUUAAAUAAAAUCAGUGUAUUAUUUGUGUUUAUGUUAUACUUGUAACAUUUGCCAAAGCUGUUAAGAUAUUUAAUUAGGAGCAAUAUUCAGAGAGGGUGGGAUGUCUGCAUAUUCUCAAAGGCGACUAAUAACUAUAUAUUAUUAUAUUAUUAUUUUAUUAAUAGAUUUUGAAUUAUUUAUUUAACAUAACUCAUCAAUCAUAUCAUUUUCCCAUGA